CAGAUAAUCAGCACAAUGGAGACCCAAGUGUCCAACGGCCCUACAAGCAACAGCUCCCUCCCCAAUGGGCCAAUGAUCAGUGCCAACGGCGCCACCGAUGACUCCAAAACUAACCUCAUAGUCAAUUACCUGCCCCAGAACAUGACACAAGAGGAAUUCAAGAGCCUCUUUGGAAGCAUUGGGGAGAUUGAAUCCUGCAAGCUAGUCCGAGACAAAAUCACAGGGCAGAGUUUAGGCUACGGCUUUGUCAACUACGUGGACCCCAACGAUGCGGACAAAGCCAUCAACACCCUGAACGGACUCAAGCUCCAAACGAAAACAAUCAAGGUGUCCUACGCCCGGCCCAGCUCAGCUUCGAUCCGUGAUGCCAACCUCUACGUCAGCGGCCUACCCAAGACCAUGAGCCAGAAAGAGAUGGAGCAGCUCUUUUCACAGUAUGGACGCAUCAUCACUUCUCGCAUCCUUGUCGAUCAGGUCACAGGCGUCUCCCGAGGGGUGGGCUUCAUCCGCUUUGACAAGAGGAUAGAAGCUGAGGAGGCCAUCAAGGGGCUGAACGGGCAGAAGCCGCUGGGGGCCAGCGAGCCGAUCACAGUCAAGUUCGCCAACAACCCCAGCCAGAAGACGGGGCAAGCCUUGCUCACACACCUGUACCAGACCACAGCCCGGCGGUACACCGGACCCUUGCACCAUCAGACUCAACGCUUCAGGCUCGACAAUUUGCUAAACAUGGCAUACGGCGUCAAGAGGUUCUCUCCCAUCACGAUCGACAGCAUGACCAGCCUGGCAGGCGUCAACCUGACGGGGGCCUCUAGCGCUGGCUGGUGCAUCUUUGUGUACAACCUCUCCCCCGAGGCAGACGAGAGCGUCCUGUGGCAGCUCUUUGGGCCCUUCGGGGCGGUCACCAAUGUCAAAGUCAUCCGCGACUUCACUACCAACAAGUGCAAAGGCUUUGGCUUCGUCACCAUGACCAACUAUGACGAAGCCGCCAUGGCCAUCGCCAGCCUCAAUGGCUACCGACUGGGCGACCGAAUCCUCCAGGUUUCCUUCAAGACCAGUAAGCAACACAAGGCGUGA